AUGGAUAGGUGUAAUGAUGAUGAUCAAACUCGUCAGGGGCUCAACGACAAAUUCGAUAGAGAGUUUGACAGGUUUUGCAGUUCAGACGCUAGAAUAAAGGUAUACGACUGUGUAGCAGAGACGUUACCAUUCUGGAGCACACUAACUGAUGAGCAAAAGGAAAUUCUUAUCACUACGAACGAUCAAACAUUACGGACCCCAUUGGGAUGGAAAUUUAAAGGCGGGAAAUUUGUCACAGAGUCACAGAAGAAAGGUUUUCUAGAGGAGAAGAAGAAAUUGGAGAGUUUAGUUCGCCAGGGAUUUUUGAAUUCUAUUGAUUUGGAUUUAAAGGAGGCGUUGGAGAAAUACAAAUUUAGUUCUGACCUUGAGGAAAAGAUGCCAGAGAGGAAAGACUGGGUCCACGAAUAUUUUCAACGGGAACAUCUUGGACAAGAAGAGACAUCAAUGAAAGGAGACAAGGUAGCAGAAGGUAAUUCUCAGAAGGAUGAUGUUCAAGAGAAGAUUACGGUAAGAUUUCUGAAAUAUUUUCUAUCUGAACCAGAAUAUUUUCAGGCACCACUAAAUUUUCAUUGCAACGAGUUUGCUGUUUCAAGGUGCUCUAAUCACGAUGUGAAAUUAACUCCGGACAAUGGUGACGGUUGUGCUGGUGGACCAAGCAAUAAUAAACUGACUGGGAGUAGUGAAGAAAUUGACAAACAACCAUCUUAUCCAGUAUCACCUUCUGCCGAUCUGAACCAACCAGAAGAUAUGGAUACCGUUAAUACACCAUCACCUGGUAUCAGCUCGCGAGGACCUAAUGAAAACCUAGAAGUUCAAGAAAACGUUAGUGAAGAUUGCUCAUUUUCUCCCCCUUUGCUUGAAAAUUCAAACCGGAGAAUAAUUAACAGACAAAUUGUAUUUGAUGUUAUGAGAAACAUUUCAUUAGUCGAUCAUAAUUUGGGUUCCGUCUCAGCGCCAAUCUCAGCAACGUCUGGUAUCAUCUCGCCAGGACCAAACAAAACCUCAGAAACUCAAGAAAACAUCCGUGAAAAUUGCUCAUCUUCUGCCUCAUCGUCUUUACAGGAAAACUCAACCCAACAAGAAUCUAAGAGAAUUCUGAUGAUAAUGAAACCUGAAAAAAAAAACUUUCAGAAUACUGCCUCAUCGCCGAGCUCAUCAACAUCUGACACCAACUCUCCAGGACAUAGCAAAAAUCUAGGAUCUCCAGACGACGUCAGUGAGGAUUGUUCUACAUCUCCACUAGUACCUUGUGUACUAUCACCAAUACCGGAACGAAAUCAUUGCUCUAACUUUAGUGGCUUAAUAGAAGAAAAGGAUUAUUCGCUACCACCUGGACAGAAUUUGUCGGAAGCUAUUGGAAGUCUGCCGUCUAUUUCAUCACCAAGUUCAAAUGACUGCUUACUUGGUAGCGCAACAAGUGAAAAGGUACUACCUCAACACCGUAUACAGAAUCAAUGUGAAACGGGAAUCGAACGAACCACAUCCUCGUCGAAUCUGCUGGAAGUUACACUUGUAAAAUCUCCUAACCGUGUAGCUAGUCCUCAAAACACGAACAAAAGAGGCAGACCACGGAUACAGGUUGGAGAGCCCACUACAGUAAGAUGUGAAGUCGAUGAAAAUUUGGAGGAAGAAGAGCUUGAUGAGAUCAUCAUAUCCCCAACUAAAGAUCAGAUGUCUAAUUCAUCUAGAACCCUGAAACCCAAUUUCCUAGCUUCUACAACGACCAAUUCGAAUCCAAAUUCGUCUGGAACGCUGGAAACCGAUUUUCUAGAUGAAGAUUCGGUUGUGGACGAGAAUCUGGAGGAUUCGGACGUUGAUGAAAUCGAGAUUUCAUUUAGUCCGAUCUGUAGUUCAAGAGCAGUGUCGAAUGAAAAUGACUCGGGUGUAUUUGAUGGGAUCUCGGUUGGAGGAUGUUCUUUGGAAGAUGGACUUCCCGAUUCUGUUCCAUCUGCCGUGGAAAUUUGUUCGGAGGAUCCUAUUGAAUUGGAUGUUCAAAUAGAGGAUGGUACCCAAACACAGAAUGACUAUGAGCCUGGAAAUUUGGAUCUGCCUUCCUGUCAAUCCGAUGUCCACGAAAAUCCCCUUUUCCCAUCUCCAACAGUGGAAAAUGAAGGAGAAGUCUUGAAUCAAAAAAUUGACUGUUCCAAAGAUUUUGUGAGUAGCGAAGUCCACAAAGCGUCCAGUAAUUGUAACAUGUGUGGCGGAUAUGAUUCAGGAUCUCUUAAUGAUUUCGGAAACGACGAGAUGGUAGCCUUGCCAAAUGCUUUCGUCCGAGAAGAAUUAUCAGAGUUUUUGGAUUUGGGAGCAGGACGCAUUUUGAUGAAGAAAUCCCCUGAAGAACCGUAUACGAUCCCAUUUAGUCGGGUUCAUCUCCCCAACCGAUUCAAGGGUUCUCGAAUUUUCCACUCUUCCAAGGGCAGACUGCCAACAGGCUUCAAAUUCAAGCAGUUGGAUGACACGGCCCAGAACAUCCAGACUACCCCAACCGGUCCAUAUCCUUCAACACCGGAUGAAUGGCACAUCGAAUCGCAGGCCAAAGAUAUUAGGCGUUUUCUUGAGGGACUAGAAACACGGAAUAUGGAUACGUUGAGAGCCAUUGAUGGAGGAAAUGAUAGAAAGAAGAACAGCCUGAAACUUCUGAAGACGGUGUUGAACGAGGAUUUCGCCAAGGAAGAUUUUUCAAAGUAUGCUAAAGUGUAUGAGCAGGAAAUGGAGAUAAUACCUUUUCUGUUUUUGGAGAAUUGGGAGAAAAGUCAAUCGGAGCAAUUGGCGGUGGAAAGGAGCAUUGUGCCGAUUCAGUUGAGACACAGUUUGGAGAGAAUGAGACGCCAAGAACUAGACGAAAUCUGGACGGAACAGUUCACCAAAUACCGCACCCAAUAUGAUCUGGAUCAUUUCAAAAUCAGCAUGAACUCGAAUGCAUUUCGGAGCUAUGUUGGACCCUGGGAAGCUGGCAGAGUGGCAUUUGUCGCCAACUUUCAAGGAUACAUUGAGCGGAUUCUUCGAUUCCAUUUUCGAGAAAUAUCAAACACUGAAAUUGAGUAUCUUGUAGAGGAGUUCUCAAAAGCUAAAACCAACUUGAAACAGAAUCUGAAGAAGGAGCUUAUUGAGCAAAAAUGGAUGCCAAAGAUUUCUCAAAAUGAAGGGAAGCUAUUAAGAAUGGCCUAUUAUAGGAAUUGGAAUAGCUUGGAAGGAUUCAAAAUAGCUACGAUGAGUGUUGAGACGUGCAGUGCUACGAUAAAGCAUAACUUCAAUUCCCAAAGAAACGGAUCAAGAGAAUGGGAGAGCUUUGAAGUGUUUCUUCAGAACUUGGUGAAAAGAAAUCCGAAGCUCAUCAAGGUCCUUCCUUGGGUGAUAAGAGAUCCUCCAGCCGAGACAUCCAAGCGUCUUCAACCACAUCGAGCAGCAAAAACAUGGACCGAUAAAGAGCUGCCGGAUAUUACGGAGUAUCCACCAACAAAGAUAAUUGGGAAUGGGGUGAAUUAUGAAGAUUCGGGUGGUAUCCCGUUGUUCGGAGGAGUUCUAGGAGGGGAUAAAGAGCAGAAGAAGGAAGACAGUGGGAGAGAAGUUUCGACCUUCAAAUUUGCACACUACCCCAAAAAUUGGGUCCAUGAUCCGAACUCCGAAAUCGACGAGAUCCCUCUAGAAGGGGUGUUGGCUGAAGUCACCAGAAGGGCCAUAAAGCGAGAGGCUCUAGAAGUUUCUAAAGACAAGCAACCUGCCAAAAAGAAGUCUAGGAGUGCGAGAAAGGCGAGAAAGAUCUAG